AGCUGAGAGAGAGUAGGGGAGAGGGGAGAGCACACGGAGCAGGAGCACUAGCGCUGAAGAAAAAGAGAAAGGAGGACGAGCCUGGUGGGGGAGCAGGCCCUUCCCCUGGGAGCCGCAUUGCAUUGAGGCUGGAGGCUGGUCGAGCACAGAAUGGCUGUUUUAUAACUGGGAUCCUCGGUGACGUAUGGCUGCCCGCUCCUUGGCAGCUGUCUUAAUGGACCAGUAGGCAGAGCGAAAUUGACGCGGACAAGACUUUUGCAUCUUGGAAGAGACCGCAAUCUACUGUAGUGAAGAACAGAGCCUCUCAAUCAGGCGGGUGUAAAUAAGAGACGCAGGGGAGUCCAAGAGAAAAGGAAGAGGAGGGGAAGAAAAGUGUGUGUUGGGGGGAGCAGGGGGAGAAGCAUUUUUGGUGGAUGGUAUGAAGCCAGCCAUGGAAACUGCAGCCGAGGAAAAUACUGAACAAAGCCAAGAGAGAAAAGUGAACAGCAGAGCUGAAAUGGAAAUUGGCAGGUACCACUGGAUGUACCCAGGCUCAAAGAACCACCAGUACCGUCCUGUGCCAACCCUGGGGGACAGGGCUAGCCCCUUGAGCAGUCCAGGCUGCUUCGAAUGCUGCAUCAAGUGUCUGGGAGGAGUCCCCUAUGCCUCCCUGGUGGCCACCAUCCUCUGCUUUUCUGGAGUUGCCCUGUUCUGUGGCUGUGGGCAUGUGGCUCUUGCAGGCACCGUGGCAAUUCUUGAGCAACAUUUCUCCACCAACACCAGUGACCAUGCUCUGCUGAGUGAGGUGAUACAACUGAUGCAGUAUGUCAUCUACGGAAUCGCGUCCUUUUUCUUCUUGUACGGGAUCAUUCUGUUGGCAGAAGGCUUUUACACCACCAGUGCAGUGAAAGAACUGCAUGGCGAGUUUAAAACCACCGCCUGCGGCCGAUGCAUCAGUGGAAUGUUUGUCUUCCUUACCUAUGUGCUUGGAGUGGCCUGGCUGGGCGUGUUUGGUUUCUCUGCAGUGCCUGUGUUUAUGUUAUAUAACAUAUGGUCAACUUGUGAGGUUAUCAAGUCACCACAGACGAACGGGACUGCGGGAGUGGAGCAGAUCUGCGUGGACAUCCGACAAUACGGUAUCAUUCCUUGGAAUGCUUUCCCAGGAAAAAUAUGUGGCUCUGCCCUAGAGAACAUCUGCAACACAAACGAGUUCUAUAUGUCCUAUCACCUGUUCAUCGUGGCCUGCGCAGGAGCUGGUGCCACUGUCAUUGCCCUGAUCCACUUCCUCAUGAUACUGUCUUCUAACUGGGCUUACUUAAAGGAUGCGAGCAAAAUGCAGGCUUACCAGGAUAUCAAAGCAAAGGAAGAACAGGAACUGCAAGAUAUCCAGUCUCGGUCAAAAGAACAACUCAAUUCUUACACAUAAAUGUUUGCCAGAGGUUUCGGCCGACGAAUUUACAGCUCUGACAAAUCAUCAGACAGCUGCUCUGCAGUACAGAUGUGUAUCCCACCAAACUAAUGUAGACGUACAAACACUUCACUGUCUCUCUCAAGCUGCUGGGAUGUAUCUCUAGGAAAACUUUCCAGUGGGUAAAUCUUUUUCUUUAGAAUAUUGGAGGUUUCAUGUUAGCCAUUUUAAAAGGCAACACUUUGACAAAAUGAUUGUUCAUGCUUUCACAAUUUGUGGCAUGUUCAACCCUACCACUGGGCGAUUAAAGUACGCCAUACUCUUUCAUAGGGACCUGUGACAUGCCGGCACCAAGGGAUGUGACCAUAAGUUCACAUAUGCCACCAGUUCUGAAAUGUUACCUAUAUAGGAAAUAAAAUGGAAUUGGUGGGACGUUCCAUUUCUGACAGCUGACAUUUAUUAAACUUGGGCUCAAAGAUAAUGUGAUUCUUACAAUUGCUUUUCUUUUAGAUUAGCUUUCCUCUACUACCCAGUUCCAGGACCCAUUAGUUUCCUGAGCCAAUCAUAAAUCUUAUUUUUCAAUAAUGCAAAAAUGAGCUACACCAAUUCUACUGGCCCUGUUGCUGAAGAAAGUGAAUCUCACUGACAAGCUUUCUAGAGUCAAUUUUUAUAAUAGAUUUAAUUUUAACAAAAUAAAGACCCAGUUACCAAUCUUCUUGAGGAAUAAAUGUCAGCUUUGCCUUAAUGACUAUUUGGUUUAAAUUUGUAAGAAUUUAUAUUUUAACCAGAUAUCCAAAAAUCCUUUACAGAAUUUUGUUCCAUAAAUAUUUUUCUUAAGAAGUGUUACCUUUUUAAAAUGACCACCAUUCUAAACCAUUUUUAAGUGGUCUGGAUAGUGAGUUUACAGUUUCAUACCAACUAUAUAAAACCUAAUUACAAACUGACCACAAACCUCUAACCUCCUUUUAUAGACUUGAAUACUUAAAUUAGGGUUGGUAUUUAUUUCACUUUUUCUUAUCUAAAUCUUAGUUUUCCUGGAAUAGUAAAGUUUGAUGUUCAGCAAGAAAACUGCUUGAGUUUAAGCCAUUUUCAAAAGAAAUUGCCUUCUAAAUCAUUGUGUUCCAGAACAUUAAGUGACUAUAGGUACUGGGUAUUAGUGAUGGUAAACUUUGUGUUGUUCUUUCUGAAAUGAUUCAUAUUAACUGUUGGGUGCAUCAGUGCUUUUCAAAGGGGCUGCAUACUAUAGGGUUAACUGUGUAUAUUCAUGUUAAGAGUUAACUUGUGGUUUGGCUGUUUCCUGGAUUUUAACACAUAUACAUGUGCAGAAAUGUAUUCAAAUGAAAGGAAGCAUACCUUAUCAAGAUGCUAUUAAAAUUGAACAUCAAGUAUAUUUCAUUUGGAUUCUUUUUUUUUUUCUUGGUAAAUGCCUAAAACUGCCUAUUUGGAAUUUUUUUUUAAUUGGGAGAAGCUCUCUUCUGUGUAGAACAGUUGUUCUGAGAUAGCUUAGUGCUUUGUUUUCCUGUUGCAUGACAGACUUAUAUUCUUUCCAGCAGUGGAGGUGCUGUUAGAGUCCAGUGUUCUAGAAGAGGCAGCGUCUCAAGCCUAAUUUUACUUUUCUAAUUCUGGUAGCUACUACCAGGAAUUUUUGAAAGUUUUGUUUAAGUAGUCUAAUAUUUUUUAUGUAAAGAGCAUUAAAUUUUGCUAUGUAUAAAUUUUUGUAAUCUAACAGUGAAUCGAUAUUAUAUAUCAGUGCCAAGGGCUUCCUGUAGUUCUAUUCAAGUGUUACAAUAAAUAUUUGUAGAUAAUAGUCAAUACUUGUGUAUGCUUAUUUUAAAGAUCUAUUUAGGUGGAAACAGUUGUGGAUGUAAUAAGAGCAAUGAAAUAAAAUUAUAGCUUCAUUCACUUGCCUUUUUACCAUACAUAAAUCCUAUCUUUCUCUGUCCUCAGUAUGGUGUCAUUUUUAAAUGAUAUGCGUGAUCAAGAUUUCACAUUCGUAUGGAAACCAAGUCUAUGAGAGUGCUACAUGUUUUAUUUCUGACAAAAAUAUUUUCAGCAAGAG